AUGCGUAAGUUCGAUAAGAUGAAACGUUCGGACUAUAACUCGUACACGGAUUGUCACAAGUUCUCUAAAAUCUUGAACUGGAAGUUAAGAAGGUCUAGUUUAUUAGGGAGGAAGUUAGACAUUAAUACUAUCGACGACGAUACGGUAGCAACUACGAAGAAGAAGAAAAGGAAGCUUCGCAAGCAGCCUACCGAUAGCAAAGAUAUUUAUAAAUACGCAAAAGAAAUACUCGUCGUAGCUGCCAAUUCGGUUGAUAGGAAGAACGAUUGGUUACCUUGCCAACUCCCAUGGGAGUGGUCCCAUGGGAGUGCCAAGAAUGGGACUAAGCAGUCCAGUCCGCUCCCAUGGGACUUUGAUGGGACUCCCAUGGGACUGUAA